AUGGCCUCCCAAUCUACAAUGGAAGGUGCCUUCGAAGGCUCGAAAGCCAGUUUCUCAGACUUCCCAGCCCAUGUGCACACCGCCCUGACUGAUCUCUUGAGCGAGUCACACCUGAUCUACACUCGAGUCUAUCCUCGAUACAAAUCUCGCGGCGAGCUACGCACGGCCGUUGAGAAUUUCAGUGAAUGGUUGUCACCACACGUAGCUGAUGAUCUCGACGUGAUCCUACUGGGCCAUAGCCUCGGGGGCAUUCUCGCAGCCGAUGUUGCGCUCCUACCCAGCCCUUUCCCCUCACAAUCCUCACAUCGCAUUCUCGGGCUGGUCAACUUUGACGUUCCAUUCCUAGGGCUUCAUCCACAUGUGAUUCCGACAGGGCUUCGCGGGCUGUGGCAGCCUAAACAACCAGACACAGCGGCAGCCGAAACUGGCCAGCAAGAUGCUACCCUGAGCGAUAUCGAUCUAUGUGCCGCAACGGCCGCCGCAUCAGCGGGGCCGCGAUUUGACCCGCCAUUCGCCAAUGACGUGCAUCUUGCGGAGCGAGAUCGUAUCGAUGGCAUGCUUCACUUCGUCCACAAAAACCAUCACGAUCUGCCACGGUCGAUCUACAAGCGCUUGGUGUCCUCAUAUCGAUUCGCUGGCUGCUUGAACAACUAUAGGCAAUUGCGUCGACGGUAUCGCCAGUUGAUGGCGUUGGAAAUGGAGGAGAGCCCGCGUCGAGUUCGCUGGAUCAAUUAUUACACCCACAGCACAGCAACCACCAGAACAAGCCCCCGGGGAAGUUUGAAACACAAGGAUCACGCACAGACUGAGCCGGCUGAAACAAAUUCAAAGACAGCCGUGAUGCAGACGUGGAGUAUACUCUCGGAAGAGCAAUCGCUGGUAGUGCCCGCAGACAAUCUGGAACUCAACACAUCUUCCUCCAGUCUGGCAGAAUCGGAGGAUCAUGAUGACGUGGAGGAUGGAUGGGUGCCCUCGACGAAGGAAAGUAAAAAUACUCACAUUCAACGUAACAACGUUACCCCGGCUAGGAAGGAGAGAUGUAGCGGCAAGCCACGCAAAUUCGUACUUUUGCCGUCACACCAUUGGAAGCACGGAGACGAUUCACUCUGGAUCCCGGUGCCGAUGGAGCAUAUGGAUGAAGUAACGGCACACCAGUCAAUGUUUUUAUCCAACAGCGGACAAUAUGAUCGGCUGGUUGGUGAAGUUGUAUCGCAGGUUCAAAGUUGGAUCCAGGAUGAUCUUAGUGAGAGGGCAGUUGCAGACCGGAAACCUGGAUGCUGA